AUGGAUACUACCGAUUCUCCACGUACAGCAAGCGAGAUCACGCCUCUGAUCCCUGCUGAGGUUUCGAAAAGACCUAAAACGCCUCUUCCAAAAUUCCAGAUAGGCAUACUUAUGAUGUUACACGUUACAGAACCUAUCGCUUCGAUGUCUAUAUUCCCGUACAUCAAUCAGCUCAUUAUAGAACUUGGCAUGACUGGAGGGGAUGAUGCGGCUGUAGGCUAUUAUGCUGGAAUAAUUGAAUCUCUGUUUUUCGUCAUGCAGGCACUGACAGUACUAAAGUGGAGCCGGUUGUCCGACCGCAUUGGACGCAAACCGGUGUUAUCCAUCGGGCUAUUAGGAACUUGCAUUUCAAUGCUAUGUUUCGGCCUCUCCACUACCUUCUGGAGCCUUGUCAUCAGCCGCUGCAUGUGCGGAGUACUGAACGGCAACAUUGGAGUCUUGAAGACCAUGAUGGCUGAAUUAACGGACUCUACAAAUAUGGCUCAGGGAUUUGCCUUGAUUCAGAUCUUCUGGAGGAUUGGAACUUUUGCUGGCCCUCUAAUGGGCGGAAUGCUCGCGCGUCCACAAGAUAGCUGGCCCAUAUUAUUCGCCCAUUCAUUUUGGAGCGAAUACCCAUACUUCCUACCUUGUGCAGUGGCUGCUUGUCUCGUUGUCAUCGCCUAUCUCAUGAUGUUAUUUUUCUUAGAAGAGACAUUGUCAACCAAGCGUCGAUCAAAGUUGACAUCGACUGCCCUCAGUGUUCCAAACGGAGCCGGCAUUGACGAUCGAGAAGUACUUGCGCAAAAAUCCAUGGCAGAUAUGCCCAUGCGGUCUCUGCUCACGCGUCCCAUUGUCAUUCCAAUUGCAAACUACGCCAUGCUCUCCUUCCUUGACAUUUCCCUCCGGACUCUGAUGCCGUUGUUCUUUUCGACGCCUAUGUAUCUCGGCGGUCUUGGCUUGGCUCCUUCUUCCAUUGGCUCAUGGCUGGCGUUGUUUGGGAUUGCGGAUGGUGUCUUUCAGGCAUUUUUCUUCGCAAAAAUAGUCGAUUGGCUCGGGCCAAAGCGUCUCUUCUGCGUGUCUGUGUCGUGCUUUGCACCAGUCAUGCUUAUGUUUCCUAUCAUGUCGUGGCUUGUACACGCAAGGGGGGUGGUUGAUCAUGCAAUCACGUUUGCAUUGCUUUGCCAACUAGUUCUAGCAGUAAUAUGGGGUAUGGUAUUUGGGACUGUCUUCAUGUUUAUCACGGCCUCUGCUCCUGCAAAGAACGUCCUCGGCGCUGUCAAUGGUCUUGGCCAAACCUCCGCGUCUGUGGCUCGUGCCGUCGGGCCCGCAUUAGCGACCUCGCUCUUUGCGUUUUCAAAGGAACACAAUCUUCUCAACGGAAACGCCGUAUUUGUCGUCUUGGUCAUGCUGACUGGUGUAUUGGGGUGGCUGGGAUUGCAGUUGUCAGAUGAAAUACAAGAUAGGGAUGACUGA